UUGUUCGUUUUUAUUGCCGCGUUCAGUAAUGGAAACAAUGAGGUACUGAUAUAUUAUUCACUUUUAUUAUUAAGGAAAACAUUUGAAAUGUUUCAGAUGCGUCAAGUUUUUCAUGUGCUCCAACAAAUUGCCUGCUCAAUACCGCAAAAUCAAGAAUUUAGUUUUAUGACUUAUUCUCAUUAUAAAGAAGAAUUCUCGAAUUUGAUUUACCUGAAAAACGGUUUGACCUAUGAUUCUAAUCAUUGUGGGUUUAUUUCCAAAAUUUUAGACAUUUUGUUUUUGAAAUUUGUAUUUUAAUACAUGUUUUUUUUUCAGACGCUACUGGUAUCAGCUGUGAAUUUUAUGGAGAAAAAAUAAAAAAAUAUCAUAUCGAAAAAACUUUUGAUCGAAUCGAGAUAAUUGUAAAUCUGCCCGAAUCAUCUCCAAAUUAUUGUCAUGCCUCAAAAAUCAUCGAACUAAUCAAAGAUCUCGAUUUUCACGUUCAUCUCAAUCUGAUUCAAUAUGAUUCGUCGGAAAAUCCCGGAUUCAAAACGCUUGUGAUACCUGAUCUUUCCAAGAUUAAAUAUGAUCAAGAAGCGUCGAAUGAAUUGAAAAAUGCGGCGAGAAAAUUGUGAGUUUUCGAGGGGAAUCCUGAAAUCAACAAUUUGUUUCCAGCGUCGACGACAUUCUCGAAAUUCCACCCGACGAUCCAAAGCCGAAUAUCGACACAAAAGUUUUAAUUUCCGGAUUGAUUGGCUUCACAGUUGGAAUAUUGGUACCACUUUUGAUUUUCGCCAUAAUUUGGUACAAUUUCCUGAGGGAACCCGAAAAACCAAUGACGCCGCUAUUUUAUAACGACAAGACUGAAAGUUCGGAAAUAUUCAGACAUGACGAUUUGGGUGACAAAACAACUGUGGUCACAACAGAAAUUGCACCACAGAAGGCAACGCCUGAAAAACCGAUGGAGAAAAUCGUGGUUAAACAAGUUGCUCCAGAAAUUCCGCGGAAAAUCGAUAAACCGGCUGAGAAUUUGGAAACGCUGAAAGAAGAGAGUCAUAAUUAUGAUGAUACUUAUGGAACUGUGCCCAAAAAACAGGCUCCGAAAAAAGUUGCCCCAAAGAAGACGGCGCCUAAAUUUCCGCGAAAAAUCGAUAAACCGGCUGAUUGUGAGAAGGAUUUUGAAAAAUACAAAGAAGAGAGUCAUACUUAUGAUGAUACUUAUGGAACUGUGACAAAAGUUGCUCCAAAAAAAGUUGCACCGAAGAAGACGACGCCUAAAAUUCCGCGAAAAAUCGAUAAACCGGUCGAAGAUUUUGAAAAACUGAAAGAAGAAAAUCAUAAUUAUGAUGAUACUUAUGGGCCUGCGCCGAAAGUUGCGACUAAAAAACCGCCGGCAAAAAGCGUGCGAAAAUCAAAGGAGAAGGACAAAGUGGAAGUUGUGGAGAAUAAUACGCAAACUCAAGAAAUGACAAAAACAGUUGGCACAACUCAGGAUACGACUCAUUAUUAA